AUGCUUGAACUUAAAUUUUUUGAUAUCCAAAUACCUGAGUUUAAAUUUCCUGAUAUUCUAAUGCCUGAAUUUAAGUUUCCUGAUAUUCAAAUGCCUGAGUUUGACUUUUCUAACGUUGAAUCUUCCAUUAGUACCAUUAUAAUGAUAAUAGUAAUAUGUCUAGUUGUUAUCAUCAUUUCUUAUUGCCUUAUUACUGUUUGUGCACGUUGUUGUUGUGGAUUUGGUGCUGAUGAAAUCGCUGAAGGAAGUUGUGCUGCCACGUGUCAGAGUGCUGGUGCUACAGGAAAAAAAGAAAGAGAUAUGGGAAACAAUUCUAGUAUUGCUUCAAAAUCUUGGAUUUCAUUUAAAACUAGUUUAAUAAAGAAAUAUGAAAAAUAUAGUGACAGUAAAGUUGAAAAUGAAUAUCAAAAAAAUAUUACGGAAAUUCGGCGUGAAAAAGAAUUUCGUCAAAGACAAAUUUCUAAGAAUCAUUAUGGAGAUUAUAUCUUUGAUCAUCGAGCACUAUUGAAACGAGGGCAAUUUGGUACUAUUCACUUGGCUGUAGUACACCCAAAAAAGAGUGAUUCCUCUCUUAAAAUGGUGGUCGUGAAAGUUACUCCAAUUGCUGUGAAAUAUUAUAAUCGUUGGUUUAUAGGAGAUAAAUGUCCAAAUAUUAUUAAUUUUAUAGGAUGGUUCAUAAGUAGAGACGCAUUUUAUUUGAUUGUUGAUUACCAUGAAGGUGGAACUCUAGCUGAUUGUAUUCCACCAAAUGGUAGAGAUGAAUAUUCGACUCUUAAUUUAAUGAUUCAAGUUUUUGAUGCGGUUAAAUAUAUCCAUGAUCAUGGUAUUGCUCAUUGCGAUAUCAAACCUGAAAACAUUUUACUUUCAUCAGAUCGUAAACGUUUAAUCCUAGCUGAUUUUGGUCAUUCUCAAUUAGAAUGUGAUGAUCUUAUAAAGGAUCCUGAAUAUUUUCAAACCAAAAGUGAAGCCUCGAAAGUUAUGAAAGGAACGGCAGGAUUUUAUAGUCCAGAACGUGAUCCGCGUGAACACAUUCCGUUCAAAGGUUUCAAAAAAGCUGAUAUGUAUAGUCUGGGAGUAACUAUCUAUGUCGUCUUAACAUAUCACCUACCAUUUGACCCAACACAAUCGAUAAGGCAUCAAUCAUUAUUAUUUCCUGAUCACAUAUCAUUACCAGCUCAACAUUUUAUUCAAAACUUACUUUCUAUUGAUCCAUCACGUCGUAUGAUUAUAUCUGAUUGUUUUAAUCAUUCUUGGUUAAGAAUUCAUGACAUCUCUGGUCGUCGUCCAAAACAAUCUUUGAAUAAUACUAAUGAUACUAAUCAACCUAAAAAAUUUUAUAAAAUUAAUCAUAAUAUUUUUUCUCGUCGUAAACAUCUUUUUAAUCAAAAAAAUUGUGAUAUCGGUUGA